GUAGUAAAUGACAUUUACAAUUUCCGCCAUUGAUCAGUGCUGAGCAGCAGAGAGAAAGAGUAGAGAGUAGAAAGAGAAAGAAGAGAGAGAUUGGUGUACGUGACAAUUCAGCGGUGCAACUGCUACAAACUUAAUGCGGUUAAAUUACACCAAUCAGAUAACGUGUACAUGUGCAUGGGUUAAAUUAUGUCCUUUGAUGGAGAUGUAACGAUUGGAGCUGAGCUUCUUCGUCAAUUUUGAAUCGGCCGCUCAAACAAUCCUUGAAAACCUACACCAUUUCAUAAUCCAAGUAUUUUGAAUUCGUCCAUCUCUUUCGAUUCUCCUUCGGUAUUCCAGAUUUGAAAGGCGGACUGUUGAUAUAGUGCAGGUAGUUGAGUGUUUAUCACGUGAAGAUUCUGAUGCUUUAGCUUUGAGGUAUUGUCACAUCUUCUGUACUGAUUUUGGAUCUAGGGAACAGUCUCAUGCACCUGACCUGAGUGGAUGAAGGCGGUUGACUUUGAUGAAAUAGUUCGCUGAACAGUUCAUUCAAGUGUUAUUUCCGUAUAGUGAUCGGAGAAAGUGUUUGAUUGUUUAUUCUGAAGCGAGCAGAGUGAAAUCUACUCGACAUUAAGUUCCUUGUAACUAGAUCUUCAGAGUGAAAGAGGAGGCAUAAAGAGAAGAAAAGAAGAGAUUCCUGUUUGAAAGUUAAGUAUAAUGAACCGAGAAUUGAAGCGUGGAGGUAAGCUGGAGAAAGGCUCCGAUGUCGCGGAAAAGGUUGUGGUCGCAGUGAAGGCGUCAAGGGAGAUUUCUAAGACUGCUCUCGUGUGGGCUCUGACUCAUGUUGUUCAGCCAGGAGACUGCAUUACUCUCCUCGUCGUUGUACCUUCACAAAGUCCUGGAAGGAGAUUAUGGGGUUUUCCUAGAUUUGCUGGAGAUUGUGCCAAUGGACACAAAAAGUCUAGUGCUGGGACAAGUUCUGAUCAGAAAUCUGAUCUAACCGAUACUUGUUCCCAGAUGAUCCUUCAGCUACAUGAUGUUUAUGAUCCUAAUAAGAUAAAUGUUAAUAUAAAGAUUGUUUCUGGAUCACCAAGUGGAGCAGUUGCGGCUGAGGCCAAGAAAGUUGCAGCUAACUGGGUCAUAUUGGACAAGCAUUUGAAGUAUGAAAAGAAGCAAUGCAUAGAAGAGCUGCAAUGCAACAUUGUCGUUAUGAAGCGUUCCCAGCCAAAAGUUUUGCGGUUGAUUUUGGCUGGCUCCCCGAAAAAGGAAACUAAAGCUGCAUCAUCUCAACUAAGCCGGACACCUGAGAGACAACCCAGAAAGGAGAGCAAGAAUGUGGAUUCCAUACGAGGACCUGCUGUGACUCCAACUAGCAGUCCAGAGACAUUCACUGCAACAGAGCCAGCCACAUCGUCUGUCAGCACAAGCUCUGAUCCCGGGACUUCACCAUUUUUUAUUCCUCAACUAAGUGGGAAGCUGAAAAAAGUGGAAAUUUCUGGAACAAAACAAAUUCAAGAUUUUGAUGAUUCAGGUUCUGAGACCGAAACAGACUAUUCUCAAUCAUCGAGAAGUCUAGGUUUCCAGCCAUGGAUGGAUAGUAUUAUGGAUGUUGAUGAAAGCUGUUCUCUGAAAUCAAAUCCCAGGAAGCAGCAAAACUCAGCAACUAAGACCUUGAUGGAGAAAUUCUCCAGAAAUGAUCGAGAUGCUGGUUUUGGAUCACCUUCAUACAGACACGAUACAGAUUAUAAUGGAAAUGUGAGAGAUGCAAUCUCCCUCAACCGAAAUACAACUCUUGGCCCUCCUCCUCUUUGUUCCAUAUGUCAGCAUAAGGCUCCUGUUUUUGGCAAACCCCCGAGAUGGUUUACAUAUGCCGAGCUGGAACUGGCUACAGGAGGAUUUUCUCAAGCUAAUUUUUUGGCAGAAGGUGGUUACGGUUCUGUUCAUAGAGGUGUCUUGUUGGAUGGUCAAACAGUUGCUGUUAAGCAACAUAAGUUGGCAAGUUCUCAAGGAGAUCAAGAAUUUUGCUCUGAAGUUGAAGUACUUAGUUGUGCUCAACAUAGGAAUGUCGUAAUGCUGAUUGGGUUCUGCAUCGAGGAAGGAAGACGGUUAUUGGUGUAUGAGUAUAUCUGUAAUGGCUCACUGGAUUUGCAUUUAUAUGGCCGUCAAAGAGCUCCAUUAGAGUGGUCUGCAAGGCAAAAGAUAGCUGUUGGAGCAGCCAGAGGUUUACGGUACCUUCAUGAGGAAUGCAGAGUUGGUUGCAUUGUCCAUAGAGACUUGAGGCCCAACAACAUCCUCCUCACCCAUGAUUUUGAACCACUGGUUGGAGACUUUGGCUUGGCAAGAUGGCAACCGGAUGGAGACUUGGGGGUGGAAACAAGAGUACUAGGAACAUUUGGUUACCUGGCUCCUGAAUAUGCUCAAAGCGGUCAGAUAACAGAGAAAGCUGAUGUUUAUUCGUUCGGGGUGGUAUUGGUAGAGCUAGUCACGGGAAGAAAAGCAGUGGAUAUUAAUCGGCCAAGGGGUCAGCAAUGUCUCAUUGAAUGGGCACGUCCACUGCUAAAAGAAAAUGCAUUGAAGGAACUAAUAGACCCGCGAAUGGGAAGUGAAUUCGAUGAACAAGAGGUGUAUAACAUGUUACACGCUGCUUCUUCAUGUGUAAGGCGGGAUCCUCAAUCUAGACCUCGCAUGUCACAGGUGCUUAGGAUACUAGAGGGGGAUGGAAUUUCGGAUUCAGGUCGCCUGUUGAGUUCAGGACUUGAUGUUGGAAGCCGGAGUGGGAGGAUGUGGUUAGAAGAUGCCAAGGAAGGGUUAAACGGGAAGCUCUCUCUUGAUUCACAAAAGAGACGGCGAUAGUUUUUCUUUUAGGACGACAGCCUCAAUCAAGCAAGGAUGGAAAUUUGGGUAAGUGCUUUUUGUUUUUGUUUUUUUGCUGCAAUCUUAGAUUUUAUGUAUAGUGUAGUGGAGUGGAAUGGAUUGAAUUGAGUGGAGAGGUGCAUUAGGAUGAUGAUAUAUGUUGUUGCUUGUGUCAAUUAGAAAGAAACCAUUUGAGUAGACAGCUUUUCAA